AUGUCAACCGACGUGCAGCAGAACCUCUCACUGACAAAAGAGCAAGCUGAGAGCGUCGUACGAAAACAUCUAGGGGGCCAUGAACAAUCUACCGUUUCCCUGCUGACGGAAAUCAAGAACACAGGAUACAGCUACACGGCAGGAUUCAAAACCUACAUCCUCGAUCUCAAAGUAUCAAGCGGCCAACUAAACGGAGGAACCUCCGGAACACAAGGCCCCAGCUCCUGCUGUUUCCUCACAAUCGCACAUCCAACAACCGAAGAAACCACCAGUGCAUACUACCACCACAACUCCCUCUCAGUAGUCUACCAAAUCCUCACCCGCAUCCGGAGCCACACCGACAUCCCAAUCCCCGACUCAACCCUCGACAUAUCCCUCCGCCUCCUCCCAUACCACUACCUCCUCUCCCCCGCCUCCCCCAUCGCCUCCACAGACAUCAUCCCCCUCUCCAAAGCGCGUGCAUCGGGCCUCCUAAGCCCAUCCGACACCCUCCUCGUCGACCUGCAAAUCGGCAAAUUCCUAGGUCAGCUGCACAGCGGCGUCCAGAACGACUGGUACGGUAUUCCAGCGCUCACAGAGCCUCAAGAUCCGUCGUACAGCUGGCAAGAAACAUUCACGCAUCUCCUUGAGGACCUGCUGCAUCGGUUCCAAGCAGCGGGCGUAGAGCUUCCUUACAAUGACAUCCGCACAUACCUCUCGCGCGCCAUCGCCUUUUUCUUGUUCGACGACGUCGAGGUGCCCUCGCUCAUCUGGCUAACCGGGUCAGAAGACGACAUCUACGUGUCGCUCCCGACACACUUGGCCACCAAGACCCAUUCAAUCGCAGCCAUUCUUCCGAAUGUCGCACAUGCACUCUGGGGAGACCCGUUGCUCGAGUCUUUCUUCCUGUCCCCACCAGGGCCAUCUGAGGCGUUAGUUGAGGGCUAUGUAGGAAGUGGCGGUGGUCCCCUCAUGUCCUUGCCUAGGAAGAAGACAAAACGAGUGUGGUACACGCUAUUCUUGGCGUUGGUCGUGCUGUCAGAACACACUUUACAGCCACACAAGCCAUUGGCGGAUGAGGGUAGCGAGACCGAAAAACAAUGUGCUUGGGCUCAGGAGACGAUAACGGAAUGUGUGGUGUCGUUGAAAGAUGCGCCAUGCUACUGA